CUCCCCUCGGUCACGUGACCCUACAUGUCCUUGGUCUCUGACAUGUGAGCGACAGAAAACAUGUCUUUCCCCAAAAAACCUGGCAGUAAAGCGUUAGAAGUGUUGCAGAGUCUCCCCCGGGUAACUUUGGCGAAUCUGCGGCCUGAACCAGGAGCCAGAAAGGAGGACACAAGGAGGGGCAGAGGACAGCAUGGAGGGAACAGGAGCGGUAGAGGGCACAAAGGAGAGCGGCAGAGAGGCACCCGGCCUCGGCUGGGAUUUGAAGGGGGUCAGACCCCGUUUUAUCUCGCGAUACCUAAAUAUGGCUACAAUGAAGGACACAGUCGGCGGCCACAGUACCAGCCUCUGUCACUGAAACGACUGCAGUACCUGAUUGAUCUGGGACGAGUGGACCCAACCCAGCCCAUAGACCUGACCCAGCUGGUGAAUGCCAGAGGAGUCACAAUCCAGCCUCUGAAGAGGGACUAUGGAGUCCAGCUCGUUGAUGAGGGUUCCGACAUUUUUGCUGCAAAAAUCAACAUUGAGGUUCAGAGGGCUUCUGAAGGAGCUGUAGCUGCCAUUGAGAGGAACGGAGGGGUCAUCACUACCAGCUUCUACGACCCUAUAAGUCUCGGGAUUGUCAUCAAGCCCGUCCCAUUCUUCUUACGUGGGCAGCCCAUUCCAAAGCGCAUGCUACCAGGGGAGGAUAUGGUCCGGUAUUACACAGAUGCUGAGAACAGGGGUUACUUGGCAGACCCAGAGAAAAUCCAGCAGGCCCGGCUAGCCCUGGCACAGAAGUACGGGUAUAUUUUGCCAGACAUUUCAAAGGAUGAACUGUAUCGCAUGCUCUCCAUGAGGAAGGAUGUUCGACAGAUCUUCUUUGGCCUCGCUCCAGGCUGGGUCGUUAGCAUGCCGGAGAAGAAGAUCCUGAAACCAACUGAUGAGAAACUCCUGAAAUAUUACAGCUCGUAGGUGUGAGGAGGUGUAUAAUAAAUGUUUAUGUACAGUAUCUCAUGGCCAAAAUCUGAAAAAUACUGAUUUUGGGAUGUUGAAAGUCUUUGACAUGUUUCCUUUAUAUAUUAAAACUUGGAAAAGACUGUUUAAGAAUGAAGUGUUGUCAAUAAACUUUAUCUU